UUCACUUCAAAAAAAUAUCCAAACCUCCCCAUUUAAAGCAACACAAGCCUUUUAUGGAAGAACUUAAUAACAUGUGCUCUUCUACUUCCUCUUCUUCAUCAGAAUCCUCAGACUCGUCACAUUCGGGUCAAAAACACGUUACUCGUAACAAACCCGAUAAAAUCCUUAAAGGUCCAUGGAGCACCGAGGAGGAUAGAAUCCUAACCCGAUUAGUUGACUCAUACGGUGCCCGAAAUUGGUCACUAAUUAGCAAAUACAUUAAGGGUAGGUCAGGUAAAUCAUGUAGACUAAGAUGGUGCAAUCAACUUAGCCCAAAUGUACAACAUAGGCCCUUUUCAAUAGAAGAAGAUAAUACAAUAUUAGCGGCCCAUUUACAACAUGGUAAUAAAUGGGCCACUAUUGCUAGAUUACUUCCUGGACGGACCGAUAACGCGGUGAAGAAUCAUUGGAAUUCGACGUUAAAGAAACGUCGAAUUGACAGUAGUACUACAAUUACUACAAGCUUUGAUAAUAGUAAUAAUAAUAAUAAUGCUUGUAAUACAUCAUAUGGAAUGGUGAAAAGUGAGAAUGAUGACGUCGUGGCGGAUGUGGAUGACCCGAUGACGGUACUUACGUUGGCGCCACCGGGUAUGGGUGGAGGAUAUGGGUUGCCCGAAAAGAGGAUGGAGAAUGUGGAAGGGUUUUGGGAUGUUAUGAGAGGGGUUAUUGCAAGGGAAGUUAAGGAGUAUGUGACGACGUCGUUUCAUGAGAUUACUGGAUUUCGAUAA